UUAAUUCAUAAGUCAACCAGUAGAGAGUUUGUGUUUCUUUCUGUCUUAAUGCAGGAAAAUCGAAGUGUCAACUAAAGAGUGCAUCCCUCAUGUCAUAUCAUAUGAUCAUAUCAUUUCAGCUAGCUCCAGGCAACGAUAGAAUAUGCAACUCUGUAGCAGACGCACCCGCUGGCAGUUGCUUUCCACCCUGAUAUUGUGCAUUAUGGCAUUGGCUCAAGGAAUAUCCCUAGGAUGGUUCUCGCCCACUCUGCCCACUCUCAUAUCCGACAACAGUCCAAUUGGAAAACCAAUUGACAUCAGCGAGGUGAAGUGGAUCGGUGCCGCUUUUGGAAUUGGGUGUCUGUUUUGCAAUUUGGUAAUUUGCGUACCGGUCUCGUAUUUCGGAAUUAAGAAGUGCAUGUACUUCGUGCCCCUACCAAAUAUCAUCAAUUGGAUCCUAAUCUACUUCGCAAGCAAAUCCGCAUAUUUUUAUGUGUGUCGUGUACUUUUGGGAUUUUCUGGUGGCACUUUGGUGGUUUGCUUUCCUGUAUUUAUCGCGGAAGUAUCUGAUAAUAGCAUUCGUGGCACUCUAGGCUCUAUUUUUAUGAUGACCCUUUGUAGUGGCAUAACGGUGGGAUUUGUAUUGGUCUAUUGCCUAUCCUACCAUGUGCUUCCGUGCGUCGUCAUAGUCCUGCCAAUUCUAUAUUUGUGCCUCAUCAUUCCCCUUCCUGAGCCGCCACAAGACUUACUGAAACGGGGCCAUGAAGAAAAGGCCGAAAAGUCUUUUUGUUUUUACAAAAAUUUCUCGAAGGAUCCAGCCGAACAGGAAGAUAUUAAAGCUGAAUUUGUAGACUUGCGAAAUAAAGUUCUCGCCAGCGGCAUAUCAGAGAAGUUUACUCGUGCAGAUUUCUUUAACAAGGUCUCAGGAAGAGCAUUUGGGCUAAUCGCUGUUUUGCUGGUCUCCAAUCAAUUGUCGGGAUCUUUUGCCAUCUUCAACUAUGCGUCGACCAUCUUCGAGCAGCUCGGUAGCAGGAUGGAACCUAAUUUAUGCGGCAUAUUUCUGGGUGUUUUGCAGGUUUUGGGAUUGAUCAGCGCCGUUUUCCUGGUAGACCGAGUGGGUCGUCGACGCCUUUUGAUCCCAUCGCUGGCCGGAGUGGGUAUGGCGGAGCUGGGUGUGGGUCUAUUGAAGUCCUUUGCCUCACAGGAAUUCUUAGACCGCAAUGGUUGGAUUGGACUAACACUAAUGGGCAUUGUGUCUUACACGGUGUCAGUGGGCAUAGUGGCUCUCACAUUUGUCAUCAUAGUUGAGCUUCUGCCCUUAAAGAUCCGCGCCCCUGGCAUCUCCAUCAGUAUGUGCGGACUCAGUGUCACCAUAUUCAUUGCGCUCAUGGUUUAUCCCGUCCUGAUCAACGAUUUUGGAUUGCAUGUCACAAUGUUUAUUUCUGCGGGUUUUUGCCUACUUGGCUUAGUAGUUCUGGGAAUCUUUUUGCCUGAGACCAGGGGCUAGAUCAUUACCCAAUAAUGAAUAAUUUUUUAA